AAAUCAAUAGUUUCAUGGAAACAAACUCACUUUCUCCCUGACAUCAAGCUAGGAAACAUGUUAACCAAAUUCGAAAGCAACUCAUAAAUUCUUUUUCGGGAAUCUUUUGAUAUCUAAAUUCGUAGGCAGGGAUGGCGAAGAAGGCCGGAGCGCAACAGCUGCAGGCGGACCUGCAAACCGACGAGGAACUCGAACGCUUUAUUGAACGGCCUGGGUUACUUGUGCUGGAUAUCUACUCGGAAUGGUGGCCCUGUUUGGGAUUGGUUGGCUCUCUGCGUAAGAUGAAGCUGGAGUUUGGCGGCGACAAUAUGCAACUGGCCAUUUGCAAGUCGGACACCAUUUCGGCAUUAAAGCGCUUCAACAAAAGAAGUGAACCCACCUGGCUGUUUGUGACCGGAGGCAAAGCUGUCAACAUCAUGUUUGGCUCGGAUGUGCCCAAGCUCAUGAACCUGCUAACCAAAGAGCUAGAAAAGAUGCUGCAGAAGACACCGCGCACCCACUACAGGCUGGACGAGUUGCAACCGAUCGAGGUAGAGCAGCAGCGCCUCAAAAUGGAGGCCAUCGACAGGGCAGAGCGCGCGGAGCGUGAGAUCAGGCACAAAAAGCAGGUUGACUACCUAACCGUGGUGACGGACUCCAUCAUGGAGAAUAUGCCGGACAUCGGUGUGACGGUGUUUGGGCCGCAGGUUAAUCGCGACAUGUUCAAGAAACUCACCGAGCCGGCCGAGGCCCUCAAGAUGCAGUGCAAGGAGCGCAAGGUUGUACAGGUGUCCAGCGAUCAGUUCGAGGUGGUGAACUUCGCCUGCAAGAACCCAUUGUCGGCGGACGUCAUCGAGCAGCUGGACCAGAAGGAGCUGCUCAUCUGCUUCUGGAAGAUAGACGAGAGCAUCGGCACCGUGCCGAAUGUGCUAAUGACGUAUGCUCACGAGUUGACCAGAGAGCGCGAGGAGGACGGCGACGAAUUCCACGAGGAUCGUGUUUUACCGCCCAUCAUCACCACCAUGAAGGUCAAGGUCGAGGUAGAGCUAAAGGAGGGUGAGGUGUGGGUCGAGGAGGUGAGCUCCGAGGAGGAAGUGAAGGUGGCUAAGAACAAGGCCAAGACUAGGGCCAAAUCGGUAGUCCAGGAAGAACUGCAUGCCGAGGACGACGAGGCAAUUGCCGCAGAGGAGGAAGAGGAAGCCAGCGAGGAGGACGCAGCUGAUCCGGGUGGCGAUCUCAUGGCUGGCUUCCCAAACAUGCCCGACUUUGACAUGGACUUGGACGGCGACGAGGAGGCACCCGCCGAGGACGAGGAGAAGGUGCAGGAGCCCAAGGAGGAGGAGAUAGCAAAGCCGCCCACGCGUAUCAAGACGGUGAAGGUGCCGCCGAUCUGGGUGCCCAACAACCGCCGCACCCACGCCGCCCUUGUCUACGUCUUCUUCCGCGGUCAAACAAGUGGCUUCCUACCGCCGGAUCCCAAGCCGGAGCAGCCGCACAUCAUCAUGGCCUUCGAUGCUUCAAAACGCAAGGAGAUUUUAAACGUGGUCGAGCGCCACAAGGACGAGGUGCCGCUUUUUGGCUACUUCUCCAGCGCGGAUCCCGACGCUACGGAACUGAUCGCGAAUUCAACGGACAAAUACGAGUCCGGGCCGCACCAGGACUCCGACAAGAUCGUGCUAAAGGUGAACAAGGUGCAGUCGUACAUGAUGUUAUCGCUGGUGUACUACGGACCCAGUUACGUCAGUCCCAACGUUAUUGUCGGCAAGGACGAGGCCCUCAAGUUCUUCCCCGAGGACUACAAGCAGCAGGAGGAGGAAGUCGUGGUCGAGCCGGAAAAGAAGAAGAAAAAGCUUCAGUCACAGAGCAAGAAGGCUGGAGAUAUGCGUGAAUCGACGGAACCCGAGGCAGCCACAGCACCACCAGUGGCGGCCGCGGCGGCCGCAGCGGAAGCAGCAGCCCCUACGUCGGAAGCGGCGGGUGGCGCAUCGGAAGCCGGAGAGGCUGCAGCAGCCGAAGGAGAAGGAGCUCCUGUGGCAGACGGCGAAGGAGCACCAGCCGCCGAGGGAGAAGGAGCAGCUGUUCCACAAGCAACCGCCGAUACGGGAGUAGCGGCCGAUGGAGCUGUCCCUGAAGCAGCACCGGAGGUACCAGCUUCCGCGGAGGCGCCACCGCCAGAGGCCGACGCCCCAGCACCAGUGCCGGCCGAAGCCCCAGCCGAAGCCCCCGCAGAAGCCCCUGCCGAAGCACCCGCAGAACCCCAGCUGAAGCUGCGCCGGCGACCGAGUAGAGGAUGCACCGCUGUCCCUGCAGCAUCUAUCUAUAUAUAUCUAUAAGGUUUUUCUUUUUGU